AUGGGUGUACGAUUCUGCAGCGCCUGCGGCAACCUCCUCGAAGACUCCCCGAACGAGAUCCUAGAAUGCGAACAAUGUGGAAAAAGCGAGCAGAACAAAGCACUACACCAAACGGAAACCAGAACCUCCGAAAACUUCCCCUCGAAGCUGCGAAACAGACUGAAAUCACACACCCAGACACCUCAGAAAGCCCCCUCCGGACCCACCAUGGACAUCGAGUGUCCGAAAUGCCCGUCCAAGGAGGUGUAUUAUGCGCAGGUGCAGCUGAGGAGCGCGGAUGAGGGGAGUACGAUUUUUUAUACCUGCGUUGGGUGUGCGCAUAGGUGGCAAGAAAAUAAUUAG